UGCCACUGUACACUGAAAAUACUUGAGUUUUCUUGGACUCUAGGAAACUUUCAGAUUUGCUGAUUGAUCUUCAACACGAGCUCUGGUUGGAGGUCAUUAAGCGACCCAGAAGUCUUUGUCAUGGUGCCCCUUUACCGGCUUAACUGCAGCAACAACGUGAACUGUCUGAGGGACGUCCCCCCUCCAAUUGCUGCAGUAUUAAGCACCUUCUGCGUGCCGCUGAAAGAGUUAAGAAGAUUUGGCAGCUCCGCGGCAGCCAGCCAGCCGGUGAGGGAGGAACCGGCUUCCGGUGGCCAGAGGCAGGCGGCUCACUUGCCUGGGAUUAAGUGGGAUCGGGGGAGAUUACAGCCCUCUCUCUCCUCUCUUGUUCCCCCGGAGCUCGAUGAAAGCUCAGCGCUCUGUCCGGUCUCCAGGGUCCAACUCAUCGCAGAUAUCAGCACAUUUCCGUCUUUCCUGCAGCUGCCCUGGAGCUCGGACCUGCGUGAAGACCUGAGGAACCUCUGAGGCUUCAGGUGUUCAGGUUCCAGUCAGCAGCCAGCAUGAGGCAGGCGGUGGAGGCUCAGGUGUUGAAUCCUCACUGUGAACUCGGAGAACACGGCCUUCGUCAGAUCCUGACGGACGUCAUCGAGGAGGUGAGGCAGUCGGUCAGUCAGGACAUCGACGGAGCUGAAGUUCUCCACAGUCUGCUCAACGCUCCCUGGCUGCAGUCGCUGCUCAAGGUGUACGAGUGUCUCCAGAGGUACCUGAGAGAUUCUCCUGCUCCGGCUCUGGAUUACGCUUCCGGACUUUCUCUGCAGUUGCUGAUAGACAUCCGAUCGUUAUCCGGCUGCUCUGAAGACGCCAAAGAACUUUACCGUCUGUUGAGGCAGCCUCACCUGCAGGCUCUCCUGUCGGCUCACGAUACGGUGGCCCAGAAGGACUAUGAGCCGGUUCUGCCUCCGAUGCCGGACGACCUGCCGGACGACGAGGAGGCGACUCGGAUCGUCUGUCUGGUGAAGAACAAGCAACCUCUGGGAGCGACUAUAAAGAGAAACGAGAUCACAGGGGAGAUUUUUAUAGCUCGGGUGAUUCACGGAGGACUGGCCGAUCGAAGCGGUUUGCUCCAUGCAGGCGACCGGAUCAUCGAGGUGAACGGUUUUCCUGUAGACGGGAUGGAGCCUGAACAAGUGAUCCAAGUUGUGCAAGCUCGGUCGCAGGGCACCAUCAUGUUCAAGGUGGUUCCCAUCACAGAGAGGCCGGUCCACAACCAGACGAUGCUGUACGUCCGAGCCAUGGCCGACUACAGCCCCCAGCAGGACCCCACCAUCCCCUGCGCCGACGCCGGCAUGAGCUUCAGAAAAGGCGACGUCCUGGAGAUCGUGGACCAGACCGACGCCCUCUGGUGGCAGGCCAAGAAGCUGCCCAGCAACACAGCCUGCGCCGGCCUCAUCCCGUCCACCAACCUGCUCAAACGGAAGCAGAGGGAGUUCUGGUGGUCUCAGCCUUACCAGCCACAUGUCUGCAUACAGACCUUGAGCACUGUAGAAGAAGAGGAAGACUUGAUGGCCCUCGAUGAGAAAUGUGUUGAAGCAGAUGAAGAGACAUUUGAAUCUGAGGAGCUCAGAGACGAGGAGGAUGACUUCAGCAGCAAUAUUGAAGGAGUAUAUCUGGUGGGUUUCAGGCGCAGCAUGCGUCUGUGCCGGCGUCGCUCUCACAGCACCACCCAGCCGUCCUGCCACACCCGCUGUCCCAGCAGCUGCUACAGCGCCCUCAACAGCCCCUACGAGGAGGUGGUUCGAUACCAGCGCCACCCAGAGGACGCACACCGCCUCAUCGCUCUGCUAGGUCCGUCUAGUGUCGGAGUGAAUGAACUUCGCAGGCGUCUCGUUGAAAUGAACCCGAACAUCUUCCAGGGAGCGAUACCUUACACCACCAGAGCACCCAGAGGAUAUGAGGAGUCCGGCAGAGAGUAUUUCUUCACCAGCCGAGAAGUCUUUGACAACAUGGUGUACAACAACAGGUUUGUGGAGUACGGCGAGUAUAAGGGGACUCUGUACGGCACCAGCAUCGAGUCUGUGAGGGACGUUUUAGACUCCGGAAAGAUCUGCGUCAUCGACAUCGAGCCAAACGCCAUUCAGGCCGUGAGGACCCAUGAACUGAGGGCCUACGUCAUCUACAUAAAGCCUCCGCCUCUGGAGAGACUCCGAGAAACCCGACAGGAUUCAUUCAUCACCACCAACUACUACGUCAACAGACCCUUCAAAGACGAAGACUUCCAGGAGAUGGAGGAAGCGGCCCGGAAGAUGGAGUUGCACUACUCUCAGUUCUUCGAUUACGUCAUCGUCAAUGACGAGCUGCAGGAUUCCUGCGUCCAGCUGCUGACGGCGGUGAGGAAGGCCCAGGACGAGCCUCAGUGGGUUCCUGCCAGCUGGAUCCGACCCACCGCCGAGUCGUAGAGCGCAAAACAACAUGGCAGCUAGUUUGGCAAACUCAGCGUCUGGAAUAUGGGCAACGCUUGGAAUAUUUAACACAAACCUGGAUGUGCAAAAUCAGUUUUUAUUACUGCAUGUUUGAGGGGAGUAGGGCACAAAAAAAAAUUCUCAUCUUUGUGUUUGUAGCGUGCUUGAUCUGGAGUUUAAACGGCUUCAAAUCCGAGAAGAUGGAUGAACUGGAGCCCAAAGACAUCCCUGAAACCGUCUCACUGUUCUUAUUUGUUUCUUCAUAGCUGCAGUAACUCUACAACCAGGAGUGUCUCUUCCUGAUGUGCUUUUUGAAUUUAAAUGAGAAAAAGUUUGGGUUUUUGUGCUCUGUGUGCAGCUUUCAUUCUAAAUUUUUGCCCUGCUUCCUGCUCUUCAACACAAACCUGCAACAAAGAUGCUUUUUCCAGUUGAUGUUUACAUGUUAGAAGGUUGUUUUGUUUGUUUUUGGGGGUCAGUCUUGAUGAAAGGUGUGCUUCUUUGUGUUUUCCGAUGAAAUGUGAAAUGUGUCGUCGCAUGCCAAAGAAGCGGUUGAAGAUUUAUAACAGAUUUCCAAAGAACUUUGUUUGGUUUGCAGAAGUAACACCUGGUGUCCUUACUUCAUUCAGAUAAGCUGAUGAAUUCUGUGUGUUUCAAAGUAAAGUGCAACCAAAGCAAUGAUGUUUUAAUAUCUGUACCUGUUUGUGACAUUAAUAAAAUACUUGUUCGUCCUUCA